GCCUUUGUGGGGAAGACGUGCGUCCAACGUGAACCGAGGAGUGGGAAACCUACGAAGGCAAGAAACAAUCCAACCUGCUAAUCGUCAUCCCCAAGCACAAUCCACCCGAGCAAAUCUCCGUCCAAUCGCAGUGAAUCCUGUCGACCACGAGUUGAAAAGAUUCGGCUGUGUUUGGAUAUCAAGCUUGGAUUCCAAAGGCAAAUAACAUAAGCAGCUUGGCCUGACAAGAUUACUCUGACCUUUCUGCUUCGUACUGUGAUGAGAUUCACGUAUUCUAGCUUUUGCUGUAAAGCAGUCAUGGGUUUCCUGCUUAGGUUUGUUCAGUAUCUGAUUGCCUGUGUGUGACUGCUUUACAUACAUAUGGUUGUUCUCCCAGCAUCAUUCUUUGUCUGGAUUUGAUUUGCCUCGGUGUUCAUCACGCAGCCACCUUUUGAGUCUCUGCUGAGCCAAAGCGUGUUUUUUCUUGCGAAAUCUAUCAAGUCUUGUACAUCAUCACCUUUCCCGUAGAACUGCGCUAUUGUUUGAUUUCAUUUAAGAGACUGUUCUCUGUCUUGUCCGGUGGAAUAAGAGAUGAGUGCAUCAUCGAGCAACUCUGCGUCACAUGAGCCAGUUGCGAGUUCUUCUGAUAAGCGGGAGUUGGAAGCCCGUGGGAAGAACAAGAAUCAAGAUGAGACCAAAUUUCCUGUCCCAUUCUACCGUCUGUUCUCGUUUGCAGACUCCACGGAUGUGAUUCUGAUGGUCGUGGGAUCACUUGGUGCGCUGGGGAAUGGGCUUGCUCUGCCACUCAUGACCGUUCUGUUCGGGGAUUUGAUCCAGUCCUUUGGAGGAGCUUCGGACACACACGAUGUGCUUCGUAGAGUUUCCACGGUAGCCUUGGAAUUUGUCUACCUAGUAGUUGGAGCAGGCGUGGUAUCUUUGAAGGGUUCGUAGUUGCAUUUGUCCAAGGGUGGCUUCUCACCCUUGUCAUUGCUGUGCGCCAUCCCUCCCUUGGUGGUUGCUGGAGGAGUCAUGGCCAUUAUUGUGGCCAGGAUGGCAUCAUUGGGACAAGCAGCUUAUGGAGAAGCUGCAGCGACCGUCGAGCAGACAAUUGGGUCAAUUAGGACAGUUGCAUCUUUUACCGGGGAAAGGCGAGCAGUAAAGAAAUAUGAUAAGUCUUUGGUAAAUGCAUACAUUGCUAAAAGGAAUAAGUCUCGGCACAGUCAUGCUUUUCAUGUUCGCUGGGUAUUCAUUGUGAAUAUGGCACGGAGCAGAGUUGAUAUUGCUAAAAGGUUACAAUGGUGGCAAGGUCGUCAAUGUGAUAUUUGCAAUCCUCACUGGCUCCUUGAAACACAACCAAGUCAACUGAACUGUUGAGGUUGCACUGAUUCUUGAGAAGGAUGUAAACAUCAGCAGCAGAGAUGAUCUCUGUAUGAAAGAAAAGGACGGAUGAAUGACGAUGGCAGUAUUCUCUAUGAGGAUGGUCUUGUGAGUGAUACAAACAAAUUCACCAGUUAUGAUCAUGAACAUGAAGUACUUUUGUUCCAUCAGAUAGAGAGAAAAGAUGAUGAGACUUGAUCCCAUCUACACUUCCUUCUAUCCCUUGUUUUCUUAAUCAUCUUGCCGUGUCUCCUUUUAAUGCCGUUUGUAUCAAAAGGAUGACAGUAUUUCCAUAAUUCAAUCACCUCCUUAUUUAUAUGAUUUUUACACACAUUUGUAUAAUCUUCCUUAUUGCCUUUGCUAACAUGUGCAGGAUUUUGUGGUGGGUAUUAUGUCCAUGUAUUGAAUCUGAUGAAGACCACUGUAAUUUACUGAGAAAAGACGUUGACCACAAAAAGUACUUGUGUUCUCAGUAUCAACGAAUGCACUGAAGUUACUUUCAGAGCUGCAAGAUAGACCGCUAACAGGCAUCAAGAACAUGAUAACAUAUCUCAAGCUCAAUUCAAUCAUGACCUGUUCUUUUUAAUUUUUGCCCGUGUAUUAUCUAGCUUGAUCAUGAAUGAUCUUAUCAUCAAACAAAUAUUCCUCUCCAAACUUGUGCGUAUACAUUAUGUUUGAUUGUUUAUAAUGCAUCCAAGCAAUGCCACUCUGUUCCAAGUGUUCUGAACUUGUAAGCUCACUCUGAGCUUACAGAAACAAGAAUCUUUCUGAU